AUGUUUCGACGUUUAUUUGGUGAUUCAAAAUCUAAAGAUACUCGUUCAUUAUCUCGAACACGUCAUACAAAUGAACAAAAUCAAGAUGCACUUCGAACAAUCGAUCAUUUACAACAAAGUGAAGAUAUGAUGAAUAAAAAAUUAGAAAAAUAUGAUGAAGAAAUACUUGAUUUACAAAAUAAAGCACGACAAUGUUUGACAAAAUCACAUCCUGAUCGUCCAGGUGCGAUACGUUUAAUAAAACGACGUAAACAACUUGAAUUACAACGUGAUAAAUUAUGGCAAAUGAAACAAAAUAUUGAAUUAGUUAAUGAACAAGUUCAAACAUCACAUUUUAAUCGACAAGUAACUGAUAGUUUAAAUAUUGGUCAACAACAUUUAAAACGUACACAAAAAUUAAUGCCAACAAAAAAAAUUGAAGAUAUUAUUGAUAAUAUAACAGAACAAAUGGAAAUAUCGAAUGAGAUUAAUGAUUUAUUAGCAGCACCAAUAUUAACGAAUGAUUUAAAUGCAAUAGAUUUUGAUCUUGAAAAUGAAUUAAAUAUUUUAGAUAAUGAAAUUCUUAAAGAAAAUAUGAUUCAAAUUAAUUUACCUGAUGCUCAUACAGAAAAAAUUCAAGUUUCAUCAACGAAUGAUGUUGAUAAACAACUAGCAGAAUUACAACGUCUUACAACUGGAUGA